UUUUAUCAUAUUUUUCCUUUUUUAAUUCGUUUAAUAAAAAACUUAAUAUAUUUAUAUUUUAUUUUUUAAAUUUUCAUUUAUCCACUUAACCUAAUCAUAUCAAAUAUUGUAUUAUGAUAUAAUUAAAAUGAGUGAAAAUUAGUGAUUAGAAGAAACUCAAAGGUUUUGUUUGUUGUUUGAAUUAACUUCAAUGGCACGCCUCUUUGAGCUUUUCUUAAGCCUUACUCAAUCUCUCCCCCUCUCUUUCUUCUUCUCCACCCUUCCUUCUUCUUCAUCCUUCCUUCUUCUCCUUCCUUUUUCAUUCUAAUUUACCCAUACCCAUAUCCAUAAUCCAUAUCCAUACCCAUACCCGAAUCCGUAUCCAUUUUCACUACCCAAUUUCAUUCACAAUCCGCCAAAAUUCUGCUCCUUUCACUAUUCGACACUACCCCUUCAUCGAUGGGUACUGAACCACCGCCACCACCGCCACCGCCGCCUUUGCCGCAGUUUUCUUCAAGACUUCUACUUCCGCCGCCGCCGCCGCCGCCGCAGUCUCCUCCAAGACUUCUAUCACCUCCGCCCGAGACAGUUACUUCCCUUGCUCCUGGGUUUAGAUUCCAUCCUACUGAUCAAGAACUUGUGGGUUACUACCUUAAACGCAAAAUUUGUAGCAAACCUAUUCGUUUUGAUGCUAUUUCUGAGACUGAUAUUUAUAAGUCUGAGCCUUGGGACUUACCAGCUUUGUCGAAGCUGAAGAGCCGAGACAAUGAGUGGUAUUUUUUUGGUGUACAAGAUAGAAAGUAUGUUAAUGGUUCUAGAGUAAAUCGGGCGACAGGAAAAGGCUACUGGAAAGCCACAGGAAAUGACCGCCCGAUCAUACACAACUUUCGUACAGUUGGUAUGAAGAAGACUCUUGUUUUUUACAGCGGGCGGGCACCAUGUGGGAAACGAACUAAUUGGGUUAUGCAUGAAUAUAGAUUAACAGACGAAGAGCUUGCCAAAGAUGGCGUUGUAUUGGAUGCAUAUUUAUUGUGCAAGAUUUUGAAGAAAAGCGGUCCAGGAUUUAAGCCCGGGGAGCAAUAUGGACCCUUUGUGGAGGAGGAAUGGGAGAAGGAUGGGUCUACUCUUGUUCCAGGAUUAGAGGUUGAUGAUGAGGCUGCAGCUAAUGACGAUGCACGUGUGGAGGAUUCUAUACAUUUGAUGAAUAAUUCUGAAUCUGCCGCUGUAACGAGCUGUGGUUUUUCGACAGAGGUUCAAGAGAUUCCGCCUCUUUGCAAAAUAGAAAGGGCAGAAGAUGGCCCGUUAGCUUGCACAAUUGAUCUAGAACCAUUGUCACUUGGCCCAAAUAAACGUUUUAAGCCGAGUGAGCCUGAAACAUGUCAUUCCAAUAUUCUCGAUAACUCUAACUUAGUAACAGAGAGACGCUGCUCAUCAUCAAGUGGUACGACUAAGUUGUCAUCUGGACUUUUGGAAUUCCCGUUACUCGAGUUAGUUGAGCCGCGAAAAGAGCGGCCCUGCCCUCUAGCAAAUGUAAUCGAUAUUAAUGUCCCUCCAAGCUGUUUGAAACUCUUUGAAGAUCUACGUAAUGAAAUUUAUCGGACUUCAAUCGAGAAAGAGUCUUUGAAGAUUGAAGUGAUGAGUGCGAGGACCAUGAUCAACAUUCUUCAGACGAAAAUCGAUCAUCUGACCAAGGAAAAUGAGGAUUUGAAGAAGAGCAACAUGUAGGAAGGCUAGGUUUUGUAGUGGGGUAUUUUUCUUGUUUUAUGCACAGUCCUGAAUGUAAUAUCAACCCGAGUGGCCGCCUAAUUGUUCGAGAUUGCUAUGUAUAACAUUGCUUAAUUGACUCGAUCUAGUUUUAGUUAAAGACUUUUAGUUUUUGUACUCCAAUUUGUGCGAGAUUUUCUUCCCGGCUAGAUUAUUGGGUUUUUUUUCGUCGAAGUAGCUUUUUUUUUUUUGUGAAGUUUCAAAUCUUUAGCUUUUGAAAUUUUUUUAUAUUGGUUAUGUGGGGGACUCUCUUUGUACUCCUAAAGUUCAAGACCAUCUGGGUGUCAAACACAAAGAAUAAUGAUUGGUGAGAUCUCUCCUCUACUUGCAUUAAUAGUUGGUCCAUGAAUUAUGUGUAUAAAGUAAUAUUUUUCUGUUUUAUUAUUCUUGCUUCUAUCUAUUUAAUAAUUAUGUGAUGAAGGUAAGAUUUACUGCUCCAAAAA